GGCAAGGAACGAGGAGCAGGCAAACGCAGAGGAGGAAGAAAGAAACUAGGCAGAAGGCCAAAAAAUAAGGUUGGGCUUUCUUUGUGAGUUGUGUAGGCAGACGCGCCGCCAGUUUUGGUGCCGUUACUCCCCAUGGAACACGCCGCCAGUCUCGAGGUGAGCGUCAUCUCCGCCGAAAGCCUCAGGUUUCCGACGGCCACCACCCGAAAGAACGCGUUCGUGGUUGUUGGUACUGGCUCCUGCGACCGCCGAGCAACGGCCGUCGAUCAGCGCGGUGGGGCGUUCCCCUCAUGGAAUGAGAAGUUAACGGUGCCGUUUCCGCCUCAAGUUCGGUCCAUCGAGGUCGACGUCCGGUGCAAAACGGCUAUGGGGGAGAAGUCGGUCGGCCGGUCGACGAUUGCGGUGUCGGACUUCAUCGGUGGGUAUGACAUUCCGUGCGGGUACUUGCAUUUCCUCAGCUACCGUUUGCAUGACAAGGAGGGGAAGAGAAACGGGAUCAUCAACUUGGCGGUGAAGGUGCUGACAUGGCUGCCUCAGAGCUGCUUGAGACCGUCUGCGCCACUCUUUCCGGUGCCGGCUGCUGUUGCUUCCGACGGAGCCUUAGUUGGCAUAGCGAUUCCGUAUGCACAAACUAAUCUUCCUUACCACUCAUAGAUACUAACUUCAGACUCAAUCUAAGCAAGCAAGGCUUCAAAGUUUCCAUUCGCAGAUCAUUCAAUACCCUUUUCAUUGUGGGCUCUUGUUGAGAAAAAAUUCACUUGUCAUUGAUAGUAUUUUGAAUGUGCUUCACAUGCUUUUGUGUUGCUGGACA